GUAACCUCCUCACGUAGUCAUGUCGGACUCGGAGGAAGAGCUGGACCGGCUGGCGGAAAUGAGGCCGCCGAUCCAGGAUAACGACGCGCGUUUCCAGGUCAGCGGAUGGGACGACGACGACGCUGGAAUCGAGGACGAACGAAACCCUGAUGUUCCUUUGGAAAAACAGACACUGGAGGCAGCCCAAGAUGGUAAAAUGGAGACACUUGUCAAGCUCCUGUCCCAAGAUGCUUCUCUGGUCCACACCAAGGAUAAAGAUGGCUACACGCCGCUUCACAGGGCGUGUUACAGCAAUCACGUCGAAAUCGUCCGAUUUCUAUUGAAUUCCGGCGCCCGACAUGAUGCAGAGACGAUAGACCAGUGGCAGCCGUUGCAUUCUGCCUGCCGUUGGAACAACCUGGACUGUGCAGAAGUUUUGAUAUCAUAUGGCGCAGACAUAAAUGCAACUUCUAACGGAGGUGUGACCCCGCUGCAUCUAGCCGCAAGCCAUAAGGAUGGUAAAGAGCUGAUUCAAAUGCUUCUAAUUCAACCUGAUCUGAUUCAAAACGUAAAAGACACCUCAGGCGACACGCCUUUGGAUAUCGCUUUGAGAUCUGGAUAUAACAACUCGCUCUUCGAAGCUUUUGAAGAUUGUUUUCGUUCCGAUUUGUAAUUAUUAUUAUUUUUAACAUAUUUUUUACAAUAAAUAUAUUUUCUGA